CUUUUAUUUUUGUUUGCUUCUUUUUCAAGGAGUGUUUUACACAAACAAAAAACUCUCUGGCUUUUUGGGUUUCGGCAGCACCUGGUAUUUGAUUCAGAACUUUAGAGAGACACAGGCCUAGAGAGGGAGAGAAACAGAGACAGAGAGAAAUCUAUCUCUCGUAUUUGGAUUGAUUUUUGUAUGUUUCUCCUAAAUAGCGGUGCAUAUGUUUUAAACUUUUUUCUCUAGAAAACAAAUUUGGGGUUUUUCCGGGAAAGUUUGGGAUUAACCAAACCUCAGAAUCCUACACAAGAGAAGAACCCACGUUUGGAUUUAGUCAGAUAUUGCUUAUCGUCAUUGAUCUUUCUAUUUCUUAUCGUAUAUAUUUAAAUCUUUCCCAAAUCCUAUUGUUCUACGUAAUCCAUAUUUUUUUGUCCUUGAAAGAAUAUAAUUGUAAUCUUGUGUAAAAAAAACUGAUGCAAUUCAAGAAACGUUGGUGGGUCUAGAAUCUAGAUUCUUCUUCAUCAUCUCCUACCAAAUUCGUACCAGAACCGACCGACUGUCCUUAUCUGAAAUUGUUUCCCUCAAAUUCACAAAAACGUGCCCAUCAAUUCUCGAUCCAAACCAACAUAGGCAGUGUGAAUUUCGAGUUUUGAUUGCUGGGUAUUGACUGAAAUCUGAUCUUUCGAUCUCGGUUGUCUGCAAUCCAAUCCCGAACUUCGGGUUUUGGUGGCCAUGACGACCAAGUCCGGGUCACUGAAUUAUUGGAGGAAUUACUUUCGGACUGCGAAUUCGGAUAUUUUCGAUAUAAUCGACCAUGCGAUCAUGGUGGCGGCUUCGGAUUGCCCAAAGGAGUUCAAAUUGCGGAGGGAUCGAAUAGCCGAGCGGUUGUUUUCGUGUCGAUUGACCCGGUGUUCGGGCUGCGACAAAGUGGAGUUGGCGGUGCCUGGUGGCGAUGGAGAAGAUGACGAUGAUGAUGGAGGGUGUAAAAGUGGGUUUGAUAGAGAUGGAGGUGAAGUUGAGGCUGGUGCUAGUAAAGAGAGCAAGGUCAAUAGCAGUAGAGAUGAUCAGGGAGAGAUGAACAUGAACCAGCUUAGCAAUUACAGCUAUGGAUUAGCUGAGGCUUUGACUGCUGAGAUUGAAGAAGAGUCUGAAAUUGUAGGGGAGGUCUUCAGGAUCAAAGAGAUCUUCAAUAAUUGUGAAGAAGAGUCUGAUACGGUAUUGUUUGAGUCUUUGAGGAAGCUUCAGUUGAUGGCUCUGAAUGUGGAGACUCUCAAGGCAACUGAAAUUGGAAAGGCUGUUAACGGUCUCCGAAAGCAUGGAUCAAAGAAAAUUCGUCAUCUUGCUCGAUCACUUAUCGAUGGGUGGAAAGACAUGGUAGAUGAAUGGGUGAAUGCUACAACAGCUAUUGCCAGCACAGAAGCUAUGUCGGAUUCUGUUAAUCCAUCUUUUGAUGACGAGGAAGGACUACCAUCUCCUCCUUUGGAUGAAGGAGCUUUCUUUGCUACUCAAACGACAUCAAUGGAACUCUCACAGUUCUUUGACGGCAUGGAUGAUUUUGGAAAUCCUCGAAACAACCGUGACAAUGGAAGAAAACCAUCAGUGGAGAAACAAAAUAUUGUAAAGCAGAAACAACAGCCUUCAAAUGAGGCAAAUGUGCUUCCCAAGGAAAACAAGAAUGAACAAGUGAAGAAACAAGAAGUUGUAAAGCCAAAUAAGCUAUCGAACACUGACUCUGGGCCUGGCAGACCUCCCAAAGUAAAUAUGGAGCAAAAGGUCAAUAAUGAAAUGAAGAUCCAGCAAAAAACAGACAAGGUUGCCAUUCAAAAGAGGCAACUCACUGGUCAGCAAGAUAAAUUCAAGUGUUCAGAUGAAGUUGCAGUUCAAGUGAAACUUGAAGCCACAAAAAGGAAACUCCAAGAGCGUUAUCAACAAGCUGAGAACGCCAAGAGGCAACGGACGGUACAGGUUAUGGAGUUGCAAGAUCUCCCGAAGCAAGGGCUUGCCCGUAGGAAUCCACAUGGGAAGCCUGGAAACCACAAUCGACAUUGGGCGCAUGGACGGAGAUAAGUUACUUUGUAAAGGAGACUGGUUUCAGUGGCUUAUGAAAGAUUCUUCCAUUUCAAUUCAGUGGAAGAGGACAAACUCUCUGGCAUACUGUGGGUCAAGAAUAAGACAUUCAUUCACCAUUCUUGCCGGGGGAGGGGCUGUUUCAGAUUUAUUGACAAGCAAACUUUUGAAACUUGCCCUAAAUUAAAUACAUUGAGGUUUCUAGAGGUCCUUUAAUUCAAAUUGGGAGGCAGAUUGUAGCUAAUGCAGUCUCAUUUGGAUUUGGUUCUGAGCUGAAUGUCUGUUAGGGAACUCUAGUUGUCACUACCCAAUUAACCGACUACCCUCAACAUUUUUUUUCUCCCACAGUCGAGACACUUCUACAUCAUGAGUUAUAUAUACUUUGUAGACAGAAAUAAAGUUCACUG